UUCAAAACUCCUGGCUUGUCCUUCGCAGCAGCCACCGCUGUCUUCAUAUUCAUCUAGCACGAGGAGGGCUAUAGGAUGUUGGCACGAGUGGGACGCGUCUCACCACCGACCGCAAUUCAUAUAUGGACCAGGUCAUACAUGUCCGUUGACCCUCCCUUGGUCUAUCCGAGGAUAAAAGGCCCUCGCAGGUAUGGCGAGAAGAAAACAUUCAUCUAUAACCACUACUCCCGUAUCUUUCAACAAAGCGCGUCUUCUCCUAUUAUCCUCCUCCAACACUCAGACUUCUCAAUUCCUCGCCUUAUUGCCCUCCGACGCGAAAUUGCGGCUGCGGCUUCUCGCCAUGUCACACCUACGCCCUCAUUUGCUUCCCCAACACCCGCACCUAUUUCGACAACACCCCCGUCGCCGCAAUUACCAAAGUUGAUGUUCUUGAAGAGCUCAAUAUUUGGUGUUGUGCUGCGAGAUCAGGCACCCAAGGACACUGCAAUCGCAAAACAAAUUGCCGACAUGGUUGAAGGUGGACUCGCUAUUCUGACGCUUCCCGAGCUUAAUCCACCUCAGCUCCAAGCUGUCCUCAAGACCAUGUCGCGUGCAGUACCACCGCGUAAGCCCAAGACACCGGAGCAAAUUGAGCUUGAGAAGAAAGAGCUCGAGAAGACGUUCGUCCCAGGUCGGGGUGUCAGACGGUUUAAGCCUGAUCCUAUACCGGACCUCAAAGUAGUGGGAGCGUUGAUUGAAGGGAGAGUAUUCAAGGCGGAGGGAGUUCAAGACGUCGCGAAACUACCUAAUCUCGACACGCUUCGUGCACAGGUGGUAGGAUUACUCAGUGCACCCGCAACGCAAUUAGCGAUGGUACUUAGUGAGGCGAGCGGGGGAAAGUUGGCAAGGACAUUGGAGGGUCUGAAGAAGAGUCUCGAGGAUGCGCAGUCGCAGGAUGCAUCUCCACCCAGUUCAUAGACUCGAUAGAUACUCAUAGUCUUACACUUUACAACUGGUGGUGUUACCUUCGGUAUAAACUACUCAUUCAUAAUUUGGCGGAAUCCUGAAGCUGAAUAUGCCAGUAAAUAUGCAGAGCGGUGCAGAACAUAACAGGAAUUAACAAGAAGGUACAAUGUGAGCAAACCGAUACAUGGAUGUAAUGCCGAACACUAUCGUCGCUUGGAGCUCCUGCUGUCGUCCAUCCCAGGCGAGCCUCUUCGCUUC